UAACUACAUGUUUUACAAUAAAUAGUGAGGUUAUUCACUAGCUACUCGUGAUUGUGCUUUGUCCUCAGAGAAAAGUAAUUUCAAUUGAUUUGCAACGCGUAGUACGCCUAAUAGUGAUCUUAAACUCUCGUCAGUAUUUGGCAAUGGUUAUUCGUUAUUCGUGCAUUUCCUUCCUGUACCGAGAAAUAGAAAGGAAGAAGAAGAGAUAUGUAUCGACUAGAGGUCUCGCUGCUAGCGCUGGUUCUAACAGUAGCAGAAAUCGUUUUCAUCACUGACAAACAUGCGAAGGUAGCUGCAUUUCGCUGCGAGUCGAAAAUCGCCACGCAGAACCAACAACUACAGCGAGAGCGAAGGAACGUUUGUUGUUCUCUCCUGCCUUCCUCUGUAUUGUUCCCUAAUGUAUCAACUGGAGCGUUUCGACAAUCAUCUAUGUUUGCGCGCAUCUAUGGCGCCGAUGGAACUGUGGUCAACGACGACGAAUUCGAAAACACAGAUUACGGCUCUGACAACAAAAACGAUACUGAAAUACUGGAAUCAUUGACGAAUGCUGUGGAUGACCAAGCGGUUUGGACCAGGAUUGCCUGUGCAUUUGCGCCACCACCCCACGACCGAUUGAACCMAGAAUUGGUGCGAAGAGCCGAACUAGUACGAGUGGGCGGCAAAUCCAUCGAUGUUGCUGUAGCGGUUCCGGCAUCGGUUGGUCCCACCGCAAGCCCUUCCGCUGAUCAACUCGCCCAGGUCUUGGUAACGGUUGGAUAUCCUCAAUCGUGGGUAGACAGCAAAGAUCUGAACAUGUUGACGCAACAGAUUCGCGUCUUGGACGGUCACGCAAAAGAUAGGCUGUCCGAGCGAGAUGUUGGUGAGGUGGGUGUUGGUGACGACUCUCAAUAUUACGAACGGAUUGUGAUAGAAAAGCGAUGGAUGGAACGACUGCAAGACGAACCAGACAAAAACGAAAGUCUACCCCAAUGGUGGACAACGAUUGCACCUCAAUCGUCGCCCCUGGAGUUGGUGGACGAAUGCAAGCUGUUGAAAAAAUUGUUGAACGAAGACGAGUUCGAAGAUGAAUUGAGAGCUUUGUUUAUGACACAUUAUGAGGACAUAGGUGCCAGCAUCGACUUUUCAGCGGGUGCUGUUGCCCUUCGAGUAGCUGUUGCAUCGAUCGGAUCUUCGGGUUUAUAUCUAAAAGCACGCAUAAUAGAUACCGCUCACGAUGUUGGUAGUGAAAAGUUAUCUGCUGUCUCCAUUCCAUACGAAGAAGAUAACAGCGACAAAACACGAGUCGAAGUUAAGACAGCUGGUGAGCUGAGAGAGGCCGUGUUAUUAUUGGUCGAAUCAGUUGUUCCCAUACCGGUGCCCAAGACUGAAACAGUUAAAAGCGUCGGCGCGAUUCCAACAACAAAUGAUGACAAGGGAAAGUUCACACCCUUCAACGAACAAGUGGUUCAAGUCGUCACAAAUUUGGAAGAAAAUGCGAAGCCAAAGGCUACCACGACGGACAACGACUCCCCAGCAGAAAUUGCCAACAAAGUGGAGGAAGACGAUGUGUUGCCAAAGGCUCAGUCGUCAUCGCGCAAUUCGUCUUUGGCAGACCGCCGUACGUAUUAUCAACGAAAAUCUCCCGAAGACGAAGCCAAACUUUCGGCAAAAUAUGCAGCUAUCGAGGACUUGGGAGAACGAGCCUAUACAAUCCUGUGUGAUCUGGAGAUGAUCUAAAGAAUAAGCUGUGAAUUACACU